CUUAUUCAUAAUGCUACACAUCAAUAUGUUUUUUUUAAUGAAUCUAAUAUAGAAUUAGCAUUAGCAGUAACUGAUGAUUAUCUUCAUUAUGAAUAUAAAAAUAAAACUUUUAUUGAAAUACGUUCGGAUUAUUUCGAUAGUGAAUUAGUUGAACCAGGUCCUGAACCACAACGUUUAAGUGAUGGAAAUUAUUUAUUUUUAUAUAAUUCAGCAAGACGUUUACCUUUACCUAAUAAUCAUUUUAAACCUGAUUGGGAUCGUGAAUAUAAUUUAGGUUGGGUUAUUAUGGAUGGAAAUGAUCCAACAAAAAUUCUUGCACGAAGUGAACGACCAAUAUUAACACCUAAACUUGAUUGGGAACGAUGUGAUUUUACAUCAAAGAAAUGGGCUAGAAGAGGUCUUACACCACGAGUUGUUUUUGCUGAAGGAUGGAAAAAAAUAGCAACAAAUCAAUUUAUUUUAUGGUAUCAAGGUUGUGAUACAGUUACUGGAAUAGCAAAAGUUAUUGUUGAAUUUUAA